AUGCAUAUGAUUGUAGCUAGUCACUCUAGCUGGAACUGGAAAAGGAAAGUCAUUAUAGAUGUUGGAAUUGUAGCAACGAUAGCAUUGUUGAUGUGGUUCAUAAUUUGUAGUUUCAGAGGCAAGUUAUUAAUACCACAAGUCAAAUUUUGGUUUAGGACAGAUAAAUAUGAUAAAAAUAUUGAAGCAUUUUUAAAAGAUCAUGAAGCUCUACAACAGAAAAGAUUUAGAUUUUCAGAAAUUAAAAAAAUGACCAAUUCAUUCAAGGAUAAACUUGGUCAAGGGGGUUUUGGUGUUGUGUACAAAGGAAAGUUAAAUGAUUGUCCUGUGGCUGUAAAGAUAUUGAGUAGAUCCAAAGGAAAUGGUGAAGAAUUUAUUAAUGAGGUUGCUAGUAUUACUAGAACCUCCCAUGUCAAUGUUGUCACCCUUCUUGGAUUUUGUUUUGAAGGCGGCGAAAAAGCUCUCAUAUAUGAAUUUAUGUCCAAUGGUUCACUUGACAAAUUCAUUUACGAUAAAGGAUCCGAAACUAAUGUAUAUUUAAGUUGGGAUAAUUUACAUCAAAUUGCAAAAGGAAUAGCUUGUGGGCUAGAGUACUUGCAUAAGGGAUGCACCACACGAAUUUUACAUUUUGACAUAAAACCACAUAACAUUCUUCUGGAUGAUAAUUUUUGCCCAAAGAUUUCAGACUUUGGACUUGCAAAGCUUUGCCUCAGAAAAGAGAGCAUUAUUUCAAUGUCCGAUGCAAGAGGAACAAUGGGGUAUGCAGCUCCAGAAUUAUGGAAUAGAAAUUUCGGAGGUGUUUCGUACAAGUCUGAUGUUUAUAGUUAUGGAAUGAUGUUGUUGGAAAUGGUUGGAGGGAGGAAAAACAUUAAUCCAGAUGCAAGUCGCACAAGUGAGCUAUACUUUCCUCAUUGGGUAUAUAGUAGGCUUGAGCUUGGUAGUGAUUUGAGACCUGAUGGAAUAAUGGAUACAGAAGAAGAUGAGAUUGCAAGGAGAAUGAUCAUUGUAGGUUUGUGGUGUAUUCAAACAUUUCCUAAUGAUAGGCCUACAAUGAGUAAAGUUAUUGAAAUGCUAGAAGUUAGCAUGAAUUCGUUGAAAAUACCACCAAAACCAUUGCUUUCAUCUCCUAUUAGAUCAGUACCAGAGUCUCCCAAAUCUUAA